AUGCGCUUCCUCCCGGGGCUCGGUCUAGUGGGCUUUGCAGCGGCCCAGACAAUCUCCCAUCUGGACCUCUUCGACUAUGGACAGCGCGGACCUAUUCUAGGAUCCUCCUUUGGUGCGCCAGGGAACGCAACCUAUGACUAUGUGAUCGUAGGAGGGGGUACAGCCGGGUUGACUAUUGCCAGUCGGCUGGCUCUAAGUCAAUCGAACCUGAGUGUUGCCGUCGUCGAGGCCGGCGGCUUCUAUGAGGUUGACAAUGGGAAUGUCUCCGUCGUUCCUGGAUACGGAGCGCAGUUUUCGGGGCUUGACCCCAGAGACACCAACCCCCUCGUCGAUUGGGGUGUAAACACCGUUCCUCAACGGGGCGCCGCCGAUCGAGUCAUGCAUUACGCGCGUGGGAAAACACUCGGGGGUAGUUCGGCCAGAAACUACAUGUUCUAUCACCGACCCACGGUUGGAAGCAUGCAGAAAUGGGCCGACGAAGUGGAUGACCAGAGCUUCGUUUGGGACAAAAUGUUGCCUUAUUAUAAAAAGUCCACCCAUUAUACGCCUCCGAACCCAGCGCUCUUCGCAAAUGCAACGAACGCAUCCAUUCAGGCACCGGACGCCUUUGACCCAGCCGGAGGGCCUCUUCAGGUUUCCUACAGCAACUUUGCCUCUUCUUUCGCCGGCUGGGUUCGCCGUGCCCUUGUUUCCGUAGGCCUACCGCAAAUCGAGGGCUUCAACAGUGGCAAACUCCUGGGCUCGGGGUUUGGAACGUCCACGAUCAACCCGAAGAACGCACAUCGAUCAACGUCCGAGGCCAGCUUCCUGCAAACGGCACUCAACAGUGGUUCCAAUCUUGUGGUUUACAAGAACACCCUGGGCCAGAAGAUCCUUUUUGAUGAAGAUAACGUGGCCACUGGCGUGCAGGUUUCGACAGCUGGCACAUUCGGAACGCAACCCUUCACCUCCACACUCAGUGCUCGUGAGGAAGUCAUCCUUUCCACGGGUGCCUUCCAGUCUCCUCAGCUUUUGAUGGUGUCUGGUGUCGGGCCAUGCGAUGAGAUUUCCGAGUUCGGAAUCCCCUGCAUCAGCGAUCUGCCUGGUGUGGGCAAGAACUUGCAAGACCACGUCCUGUUUGGCCCCUCACAUAGAGUGCACCUUGAGACAACGUCCGUAUUCUCGAACAACGCAACCGCUGCGGCACUCGCCGUGCAACAAUAUCUGCAGGAUGCCUCCGGUCGGCUCUCCAUCGCUAUUCCCAGCUAUUACGGCUGGGAGAAGCUGCCGGAGCCGUAUCGCUCACAGCUUUCCGAUGAGUCCAUUGAGGUGCUUGCAGACUAUCCGGAGGAUUGGCCAGAGGUUGAGUGGCUCCCUCUCGAUUCUUUCCAGGGCGACAACUCCUUCAGGACUGGCCUAGACCCGGUAGACGGACAUAAUUACGCCUCGAUUUCGGCAGGACUCGUGGCCCCGCAAUCGAGAGGCACUGUUAAAUUGAACAGCUCGGACAUGAACACUCUUCCACUGGUUGAUCCCGCAUUCUUGGAAGACCCAACCGACGUCGAGUUGGCCAUUGCCAGCUUCAAGCGUUGUCGCGAGAUCUGGGGAAAGCUCGUCGACUUGGGGAUUGCGGAACCGGAAUACUAUCCGGGUAAAAAUGUCACAACCGACGAGCAGAUCCUCGAAUUCAUCCAGCAAACCAUGUCGACGAUCUAUCAUGUGGCCGGCACCUGCAAGAUGGGUAGUGAAAGCGAUCCCAUGGCUGUGGUCGACAGCAAAGCCCGGGUGUACGGCGUGCAUCGCCUCAGGGUCGUCGAUACCAGCGCCUUUCCGUUCUUGAUCCCGGGGCAUCCGCAAGCGACAGUCUACGCUUUGGCAGAGAAGAUCGCGGAUGAGAUAUUGAACGAAGAGUAG